UUUGACACAGAGCAACAUCCGCAUUUCUCUUCCCUCUCUUCUUCUCGCACUCGAGGAACCCAGGGGCUUCGACUUGCCUACCUCUUCUCCUUCGUCCGCGACUUGACGCAACCUAGUCUUCCACCGCACGCGAGAACGGUAGCUGCGCAUGAAGUCGAUCCUCCUUCCUUCCUCUUCGUCGUCGCUCGAGUAAGUAUCGCACGACGAGGAAAACCGCACGAACCUUCUUCCUUCUUCUACUUCUUCUACUUCUUCUACUUCCCCGGCUAGGGCACGAACAAUCUUUCCCUCUCUUGAUUUGAAUAAUGGGGAGCAUCAAACAACAUGAAAUAAGUCCCUUACGAGAAGGAUUUAGGUUAAAUCCUCAUUAAAUUCUGCUAUCAAACCGCUCCUCAGCACGGAUUGCCAAUGUACGAGUUGGCCUUUCGGUUAGUGGAUGAUUCUCGUCUUUGACACGCCAUCUUUCCUAAAAUUCUCAUUAGACGCAGUUGCCAAAUUGGUCUACAAACGGAGUGGGAAUCCUCGGUGAUGUUUGAUACUUAACUGUGUGUCAAUUUGGUUCAAGAAACUAGUGAAAGUAGCUAGGACGAAGGUGGGAGAUGGAAAGUGGAAGAGCCGAAGUGGUUGAGGAGGUAAUCUUUGAGACCCGCAAGCACGCUGCAGGGGUUUUCGCUCAAGAUUCGUCUCUACAGGAGGGAAGCCGUACGCCUGCUGGGGGUUUAAUGUCUUAUCUAUCCAUUCAAGGUGCUGAACGACUCAAACAGAAAUGGAAUGAAUAUUGGAGACCAAGUAGGUCUACGACAAAGAUUGCACUUUUUGUUUCUUCUGAUGGUGAGCAUGUUGCUCUAGCUUUUCAAAAUCAGCUUGUUAUUUUGCAGAAGGAUGAUGAUUAUAUGGAGCCAUGCGGCGUUUAUAAUGGUAAUGAUAGAUCAUCUUUUUUUACUAAUGGGGCUUGGAUGGAACCUCAAGGUAUUCUUGGUGUGAUCAACGACACAUAUACCUUUUAUUUAAUCAACUCAAAUGGCAAAGAAAUAAUGAGGUCAAGUAGGAAUGAGUUAAAAUUGCAUGUACCCAUUAUUGACUUGGUUGUGCUAGAUAAUGGCAAAUCCCAAAAGUCUUACAUGAAUGCCUUCGGCAUUUUUACUGCAGAUGGUUUGGUUCAUUCUUUUGAGGUUUCUGAAGAACCCAGAGCAAGUAUCUUCCCCAUUCCCAUCUUAAAUAAUCCAUUCAAAGACAAAAUGCCUUGCAAUAUAUCAUGUCUUGACUACUGUCCAGAUCUAUCUCUGAUUGUCUUAGUUGAUGCUUUUAAAGCCUCAGAAAAAUCCCAAUGCAUAUCUGGUUUAUAUUCUCUUUAUUUAUUGCGGAUGGCCACAAAUUUAGACCUAGAGUUGGUGUUUUGUAGUGCUCAGUUUGAAGGCCUAUUUUCUUCUCCUAAAGAUCACCAAAUUUCUCUAAAGUCAUCAAAAGUGUCCAUCUCACCACAGGGAGAAUUUAUUGCAACUCUUGACUUGACUGGCUGCAUAGAUGUUUUUCGAAUUGAUUCAGAUACUAUUUCUGUUCUAUGCGUUUCUGAGAGGCAGCACUCACAAUGUUUUGAUAAGGUGAAGCAAAAGGAUAUUAUUGACAUAUGUUGGUGGACUGAUCAUGUUUUGAUUCUUCUAAACAGCAGGGGCUAUUUUACCAUGUUUGAUGUUAUAAAUAAUAAUACUAUUCUAAAGGAGGGUCCACAUUUUUGUAUGCCUGUCAUUGAAAGGCUUAAGUACAUUCAAGGGCAUGUUUUUGUUUUGGAGGUAAGAUCUUCUGUGGGAAGACUAUCAGAGCCUGAGCAGACUGCCAGUAAAAAAGCUUUAUGCAUAAACCAACUUAAUAAUUCCAAACUACACUGGAGCCUGUUAUCAAUUUCUGGAAGAUCUGCCACAGAAAUGUAUAGCGUUCUUAUCCGUAAGCAACAAUAUCAUUCUGCUUUGGAGUUUGCCGAUCGUCAUGGUCUGGAUAGAGAUGAAGUAUUUAAAGCACAGUGGUUAAGUUCUUGUUAUGGAAUCCAAGAUGUGGAUAUGUUUUUAUCCAAAGUCAGUGAUCGGAUGUUUGCAUUGUCUGAGUGUGUAGACAAAGUUGGACCAACAGAAGGUGCAGUGAAGGCUUUGCUUUCUUACGGGAUUCAUAUAACUGAGGACUACAUAUUUUCAAACUUUAAUAAUGAAGAAUCAUGCUUACUUUGGGAUUUUUGGGUUGCUAGACUUCAGUUGCUGCAAUACAAAGACAAAUUGGAUACGUUUGUAGGGAUAAAUAUGGGAAGGUUUUCACCAAAGGAAUAUAGCAAUUUUCGUGCUGUUCCGGUUGCAAAUGUUGCAGUUAAUCUUGCAGAAAAUGGAAAAAUUGGUGCUCUUAACUUGCUUUUCAAGCGUCAUCCUUAUUCUCUUUCAGAAGAUAUGUUACAUAUUUUGUCUGCAAUCCCUGAAACUGUCCCAGUUCAGUCAUAUUCUCAGCUCCUUCCUGGAAAGAGUCCACCAGCUACCGUAUCUUUAAGGGAGAGUGAUUGGGUUGAGUGUGAACGAAUGAUGUGCUUGAUUGAUAAAAUGCCUGAUGGGUCUGAGAAGCUUAUACAAGCGAGGACUGAAAAUAUCUUAAAGCUUGCAGGAGGUUUUGUUUGGCCAUCAAGUGCCAAACUUGUUGAUUGGUAUGCUAAUAGGGCAAAGGAUAUUGAUUCCCUGAGUGGCCAGCUUGAAAACUGUCUCGCCUUAGUUGAGUUUGCAUGUCACAAAGACAUUUUAGAGUUGCAACUAUUCCUUGAGGAUAUCACAUAUUUACAUCAUCUUAGCUAUGCUGAUGGAAGUUCUGAAGAUUUGAGGAUGGGCCUUGUUGAGUGGGAACAAUUGCCAGACUAUGAAAAGUUUAAAAUGCUUCUGAAGGGGUUUACAGUGGAUUCUGUAGUAGAAACUUUGCAAGAAAAAGCUAUUCCAUUUAUGCAAAAGCGUUUUCACUCUGAGCAGGUAGAUUCCAUAGAACAAAAGAAUGAUGUGAUUGGUUUCGUGCGUUGUGAACAAAGUGAUUCCUUCUUGGUUAGAUGGAUGAAGGAGAUUGCAUCUGGUAACAGGCUAGAUACUUGCUUAAAAGUCAUUGAAAAUGGAUGUCAAGAAACCCCAGUUUCAGUUUGUGGACUUUUUAAGGAUGAAAAUGAAGCAGCAGAAACAGCAUUAGAAUGUAUAUAUUUGUGCACUCUUACAGAUCAGUGGAAUGUGAUGGCAUCCAUCUUGUCAAAACUUCCACGCAAAUCUUUAAGAGAAAAAACUUUGAAGGAUAUUACUCCAAAGUACGACAAUCUAGGUUCUGGGACUCCAAGAUUUUCUUACAUAAGAAGUCACCUUUCAAAGUCUGUCAGGCAACCUAAUCCAUUAAAUUUGCAUGAGGAAGACUCUGGACAACAUAAUUCUGGAGGCAUGGGUCAGGUGAUUUCUUCUAUGGUUGAUGAGAAACUUGAGAAGAGGAUAAAAACUGCCGAAGGUCAUGUUGAAGUUGGAAGAUUGUUGGCAUAUUAUCAGGUGGCAAAACCAAUCAGCUUUUUCCUCAGUGCUGAAUCAGAGGAGAAGAAUGUAAAGCAGCUUCUUCGUCUCAUUUUGUCAAAAUUUGGACGGAGGCAACCUGGUAGAUCAGAUAGUGAAUGGGCCAACAUGUGGCAGGAUAUACAAUGUUUCAAGGAAAAGGCAUUUUCUUUUCUAGAUACAGAGUACAUGCUAAUUGAAUUUUGCAGAGGCCUUUUGAAAGCUGGUAAAUUUAGUCUUGCGAGGAAUUAUCUCAAAGGAACAGUUGCUAUCUCAUUAGCAACCGAGAAGGCUGAAAUUCUAGUUGUUCAAGUAGCAAGGGAAUAUUUCUUUUCUGCAUCCAGUCUUUCUUGUUCCGAGAUAUGGAAAGCUAGGGAAUGUCUCAGUCUCUUUCCAAAUAGCAAAGUUGUUCAGUCGGAGGUAGAUGUUAUUGAAGCACUUACUGUCAGGCUUCCAAAUCUUGGCGUGACCCUUCUACCGGUUCAGUUUAGGCAAAUAAGAAAUCCAAUGGAGAUUAUCAACAUGGCAAUUUCAAAUAAAACUGGUGCUUAUCUCAAUGUUGAGGAGCUCCUUGAGGUAGCAAAGCUGCUUGGACUUGGAUCUCCAGAUGAUGUAGCUGCAGUUGAAGAGGCAAUAGCCCGAGAAGCUGCAAUAGCUGGUGAUUGGCAACUGGCUUCUGAUCUCUGCCUUGCAUUAGCAAAUAAAGGACAUGGUCCCAUUUGGGAUUUAUGCGCUGCAAUUGCAAGGAGUCCCCAUUUGGACACUAUGGAUACAGGCUCUCGGAAGCAGCUACUAGGCUUUGCAUUGAGCUACUGUGAUGAGGAAUCUAUUGGGGAAUUAUUGCAUACUUGGAAAGAUGUUGACAUGCUUAUGCAUUAUGAACAUCGAAUGAUUUCAACAGGAACUUGUCCUCCUAAUUACUCGUUUCAGGGUUCAAAAAUAGUAUCACUUCCUGUAAGUAGUCUACAAGAUAUAGUGAACCUAAGAGAUGAGUCUGAAACUAUAAAUAAUGCUUCCAAUGAAGACGAAGAUAAGGAUAAGGUUUUUUUUGAACGCGUCAAAAGCAUCCUCUCUGGAGUUGCUGAAGAGUGUUCAACUGAUGGUGGCAUUAACUGGGAUUCUCUUCUAAGAGAAAAUAGGAAAGUAUUAUCAUUUUUUGCAUUAGAACUCCCAUGGCUUCUUCAAUUGAGCUGUAAGCAAGAAUAUGGCAGAAAGUUAACAACUGGUGCAAAAUCUCCUCCUGGAAAACACUCCAUUUCUAUUAGAUUUCAAGCUUUGAUAGAUAUCCUCCAUUGGUUAGCUGAAAAUGAUGUUGCUCCAACGGAUAAUCUACUCAUCUCUAUUGUUAAGUCCAUUAUGGUUUCCCCUGUGACCGAGGAGGAUGAUUUUCUUGGUUGUUCGUAUCUAUUAAAUUUAUUUGAUGCUUUUCAUGGAGUUGAAGUAAUAGAGGAGCAACUAAAGCAAAGAGAAGGAUAUCAGGAAAUAUACAGCAUCAUGAAUGUCGGAAUGUCUUACAGCUCAAUACAAAACUUGCAUAAAGAAUCCUCUUGUCCUGAUCAGAGAAGGAAGCUGUUACUUCAGAAGUUUCAGGAGAAAUAUGCGUCAUUUGUUUCAGAUGAAGUGAAAGAAAUUGAAAAAGUGCACUCUACAUUUUGGAGAGAGUGGAAAACCAAAUUAGAAGAUCAGAAACGUUUAGCCGAUCAAACAAGAGUGCUGGAGGAAACAGUUCCUGGAGUAGAUACAAACCGCUUCUUGUCAGGAGACAUUAAAUAUAUUAGAACCGUUAUAUUUUCAGUAAUUGACUCAGUAAAGACACAGAAAAAGCAUAAUCUCAAGGAAAUAGUAAAGUUAGCAGAUACUUAUAGUUUGCAGCGCAGUGAGGUAAUACUUCGAUUCUUUGGCUCUGUCCUUGUAUCUGAACAGUGGGGAAAUGAUGACAUCCUAACUGAAGUUUCACAAUAUAGAGAGGACUUUGCCAAUUGCGCUGAGGGUGUCAUUGAAAUCAUAUCUACAGUUGUGUUGCCUGAAAUUAAUGGGCGUAACAAAGAUCGUCUUUCGUAUGUUUAUAGUAUUCUUUCAGCGUGCCACUUACGCCACAGUAAACUUAAGAAGGCAGCAUUGUCGUCAAGCCAUUAUCAUCAAUUGCACAAGCAUGUUGAGCCAUUUCAGUUCUAUAAAGUUCUUGCCCAAGAAUGCCAAAAGGUAUCCUUUAUCGAAGAGUUAAACUUCAAAAAUAUUGCCAGACUAGAUGAGUUAAAUUGUGACAGCUUUAAUGAAGAAAUCCUAAAUAACAUUAACGAAUCUACCGUAGAAGCUCUUGCAGACAUGGUGCGUAUCCUUGUAGGCAUGUAUGGCGAUACAAAUGGGAAGGGUUUUAUAUCAUGGCAAGAUGUAUACAAACAUCAUGUUCUAAGUCUCUUAACAUCUCUAGAUGAUCGAACUAAAGAAACUCUACAUGUGAAAACCCCAGAAGAUUUUCAGGUUCUGUUAGGGGAAAUUGAUCAAAACUUUGAUCACUGUAAGAGAUAUAUCAGAGCCCUGCCAGAAGUGGAUAUUUUGCACGUAAUAAAGAGGUUUCAAAAGCUUUGUACACCUUGCAAUCCUUUGUGGAAUCUAACUGAUGAUCCCGGGUGGAAGCAUUGUCUUGUCUUGGUCUUGUAUCUUUGGAUUAAACUGGAAGAAGGUACACAAGUGACUGAAUGUUGUGAAACUUCUGAAAAGGCUGCCUUCUCCAGUGAAGUGAGCCCGCCAAAGUUUCUGAAGAUUUUUGAAAAGUUUGUGAUGGAAGGUCAAAUCUCAGCAAGUGAGGGCUGGCGCAUUGUUAGUAACUUUGCUCAUCAGGAUGAGGGGGGUGCUCUUACAGACAUUCCAUCUUUCUUCCAAUCAAUGAUUGUGUCAGGUUGUAGGUUUAAUUCAAUUGCUAAUGUAUAUUUUGACGUGCACACACUCUCAUCAUGCUAUAGUAAAAGUGGAAAGCAGGAGAGUCUAGCGGAUCUAUAUGCUAGUGUAACAGAAUCUGUUUUAACACGUGUAAGUUAUGGCUUUGCUGAGCAUCGGAAUUUACACCGGUUGCUGUCAUCCUUAAGCAGGAUAGAGGGUGGACAUACAGAUGAGCUUAUGGUGAUCCGGUCUGAAGUUUGGGGAAAACUGAGUGCAAUUUUGGAUAACACAGAGCUAGAAAGCAACAUAAAAGUGUAUGCUUUGGAGCUUAUGCAGUGCAUCUCUGGACAAUUCUACAAAAGUCUCCCUGCUGAGAUCAUUUCAGAGGUUGAGCCAUGGGAGGAUUGCGAAGAAACUUGUCAGUCAAAAACCUCAACAACUGCACAUGGAACAGAUGGGUCCAGCAACAUCACAACUACUCUAAUAGCCUUGAAAUCAUCUCGAUUGAUUACAGCAGUUAUGCCAUAUAUUAAGAUUACUCCAGAGGAUCUAAGCAGCCUAGACUCAGCAGUAACCUGCUUCUUAAAUCUAUGUGAAUCUGCAACUUCAGCAGAUGAUGCUGAUGUGCUGAAAGCUGUUUUAGAGGACUGGGAAAUGUUAUUUUCCACAACCAACGAGGAGCAACUUGAGAAUUCUCCAAAAGAUGACAAUGAAUGGAACUAUGAUGACUGGGAUGAAGGUUGGGAAACACUUCCUGAUGAUCUGAUUAAUGGAGGGGAAAAGAAAAAGCCAUCGCAGUCCAUCCGUCCUCUUCAUUCCUGUUGGAUGGAGAUUAUCAAAAUGCUUGUCAUGCAUUCUAGACACCGAUCAGUAAUUGAAUUACUGGACCAGAGAUCAUCCGAGUCUGAUGGGAUAUUACUAGAUGAAGAUGAAACGAAAUCUUUGUUGCAUAUGAUGGUUGAAGUAGACUGCUUCAUGGCUCUGAAGAUUCUAUUGCUUCUCCCUUAUGACUCCCCCAGACUUGCUUGCUUUCAAGUAAUCGAGUCGAAGCUCAGAGGAAGUGGGCCUCCCAAAAGUUGUGAUGUCAAUGAUUACGAGCUUCUGUUGCUCGUGCUCUCAUCAGGGGUUCUCCAAAGCAUCACAUUUGAUCCCACCCUUGGAAAUUUCUUCUCUUACAUAUGCUAUCUGGUGGGGCGUCUGGCUAGAGGUUGCCAGAACGACAUGCUCAAAUACAGAGAUAAUAAUACUGGUACACCAAACUUGAAUACCUCCUUGCUCUUUGGCCAGCUUUUGCUGCCAUGUUUCAUUUCUGAGCUUGUCCAAGCAAAGCAGUGCAUUCUGGCUGGAUUUAUGGUGUCCCAGUGGAUGCAAGCACAUCCUUCCCUCGGCCUCCUGGACAUUGUCGAGGUGAGCCUGAGAAAGUACUUGGAGCGUCAGUUGCUUCAGGCUGAUGAUUCUGGGAAUGAAGACUCUGGUGCUUUCAAGUCCUUACAGUGUGCUGUUUUCAGGUUGAGAGGUAAGUUAAGCAGCUUGCUACAGUCUGCUCUUUCAGCAGUUACAUCCAUUGUUUAAGAACUGAGAUUUACUCGUCUGUUGUAGUUAAGCUAUUCAAAAAUGUUUAGAGCAUGAAUUUUAUUUUUCUUUUGUAAAUAACAUGUCUGAUCAAUAGAAAUCAUCUUAUGAGCUA